UGCUGCAUUGGUGGAAGUAUCAAACGGCGGCGAUCCGGUCCAGGCCAUGGGGGGAGCUGAUGCCAUGGUCUGAAACGUGAGAUUGAGAGAGCGAGUGAGGUGCCCACUCAACGCUCCAACAGUGGUGUGUGAGAGGACAGCAGCCAUGCCACCCCACUCUGACAUCGUCAAGGUGGCCAUCGAGUGGCCCGGCGCCAACGCCCAGCUCAUCGAGAUUGACCAGAAGAAGCCUCUGUCAUCUAUCAUACGGGAGGUGUGUGAUGGCUGGUCUCUGUCUGGCUCUGAGCAGUUUGCCCUGCGUUACGCUGACGGUCCUCAGCUCUACAUCACUGAACAGAGCCGUAGUGAAAUGAAGAAUGGGACCAUCCUUCGAUUAGCCAUAUCUCCCGCUCGUGCAGCACGGCAGCUCCUGGACAGGAUCCAGUCUCAUGGCAUAGAUGCCCGCCUGGAGGCCCUGAAGGAGCUGGCCAAGCUGUCAGCUGACCCCACCUUUGCCACCGAGUUCAUCAACAUGGAGGGCAUCGGGACCCUGGCGCGCCUGGUGGAGAGCGGCACCCACUUUGGAGAGAUGCUGGCCUUCACUCUCACUGCCUUCCUGGAACUGAUGGACCAUGGAAUAGUGUCCUGGGACCUCAUCUCUCUGUCUUUCAUCAAACAGAUUGCGGGCUAUGUGAACCAGCCGAUGGUGGAUGUGUCAAUCCUGCAGCGCUCUCUGGCCAUCCUGGAGAGCAUGGUCCUCAACAGCCACAGCCUCUACCACCGGGUGGCGCAGGAUAUCACUGUUGGACAGCUCAUCGGACACCUGCAAGUAUCCAAUCAGGAGAUCCAGACGUAUGCCAUCGCACUCAUCAACGCCCUCUUCCUCAAGGCACCGGAGGAUAGACGGCAGGAAGAGCAUAAUAACCCCCUGGACCAGCGGCUCACUGAGAUGGCGAGCACCCUGGCCCAGAAACACCUGCGAUCCAUCAUCCUCAAUCACGUUAUCCGAGGCAACAGACCAAUCAAAGCCGAGAUGGCGCACCAGCUCUACGUGCUGCAGGUGCUGACCUUUAACCUUCUGGAGGAACGCAUGAUGACCAAGAUGGAUCCCAGCGACCAGGCCCAGAGGGACAUAAUUUUCGAGUUGCGCAGGAUUGCGUUUGACGGGGAGAACGACCCCAGUGGCACGGAGAAGAGAAAGGCCAUGUACACCAAGGACUACAAGAUGCUGGGCUUUACUAACCAUGUGAACCCUGCCAUGGACUUCACGCAGACCCCUCCAGGGAUGCUGGCCCUGGACAACAUGCUCUACCUGGCCAAGCUGCACCAGGACACCUACAUCAGGAUUGUUCUGGAGAACAGCAGCCGCGAGGACAAACACGAGUGUCCUUUUGGUCGCUGUGCCAUCGAGCUCACUCGUAUGCUGUGUGAGAUACUACAAGUGGGAGAAUUGCCCAACGAGGGCUGCAAUGACUACCACCCCAUGUUCUUUACUCACGACCGGGCGUGGGAGGAGUUCUUCUGCGUCUGCAUCCAACUGCUCAACAAGACCUGGAAGGAGAUGAGGGCCACGGCUGAGGACUUCAACAAGGUGAUGCAGGUGGUUCGGGAGCAGAUCACCCGGGCUCUGGCCAUGAAGCCCUCGUCCCUGGACCAUCUGAAGGGUAAACUGCGAGGCCUCAGCUACUCUGAGAUCCUGCGUCUGCGCCAGUCGGAGAGGAUGAGCCAGGACGACUUCCAGUCACCACCCAUUAUUGAGCUACGCGAGAGGAUUCAGCCAGAGAUCCUGGAGCUGAUCAAGCAGCAGAGGCUCAACCGCCUGUGUGAGGGAAGCUGCUUCCGCAAGCUGGGCAACCGCCGCAGACAAGAGAAGUUCUGGUUCUGCCGCCUGUCUCUGAACCACAAGGUGCUGCACUAUGGAGAUCUGGACGAGUCUCCCCAGGGGGAAGUGCCCCUUGAGCUGCUCACCGACAAGAUCCCCGUGUCUGAUAUCAAGUCUGUGGUGACGGGGAAGGACUGCCCCCACAUGAAGGAGAAGAGUGCACUGAAACAAAACAAGGAGGUUUUAGAGCUGGCCUUCUCCGUCCUGCACGAUCCUGAUGAGAACCUCAACUUUGUGGCCCCCAACAAAUAUGAGUACUGUGUCUGGACUGAUGGGCUGUGUGCGUUGCUGGGCCGAGAGAUGGGCAGUGACCUCACCCGCAGCGACCUGGACACGCUCAUCUCCAUGGAGAUGAAGCUCCGCCUCCUGGACCUGGAGAACAUCGCCAUACCCGAAACCCCUCCCCCUGUGCCAAAAGAGCCCAGCACUUACAACUUCACCUACAACUACGGCUGAGGGGUGUGUGUAAGGCCGGUUUGUGUGAGAGAGCUGGGCCGUAUUUGUGUCGGUGUGUGUGGAGCACGGUUGCGUGUGUAUAUUUGUGUGUAAUAAGACGAAGGAAACCACUCAUCCCCUAGCCACUUAAUCCUGAAAUCAACAUCACGUGUCUGAUACUCUGAAAUCCAACUGCCCACAAAUAAUCCAGGCAGGCUACGUAACACUAGACAACAAAAUGUUCCAUUGUAUUUAAAAAAAACAAUCACCGUUAUGGUACAUGCUUGAUACGAACCUGAAAGUUAAUAUUUUAUUUCGUAAUUCAUCACUUCAUGGCCGUACCAACUUUUUUUGUUAAAUAAGCUCUGUGUGUUUUGAACAGUUACAGCUGAGCCCCAAUAUUGCUUCAUGCAUCGUCAUAACAAUAGAACCAGAUCUGUUUGAACUGACACAUCACGGCCCAGGGUCUUUUCCAAGGUGUUGUAUUCAAGCCACUCCCCGUGUCUGCUCAUCCUCUAAUUCAGUACUAAUCAAUAUUAUUGAUGUUUGUUAUGCAGAAUCUGAUUUAUAUUUUUGUAAAUGACUGUGAACUCACUCAGCUUUGAAGAGAAGGAACAUUAACGUUCUAGCAACCUACUAAUUUGACUUUAAAAAAUUGUGGUUUAGGGCACAAAAGAUUGAGCUAGGUAUUAAACUGACAGAGGUAUCAGAGAAAUCAGUAAGCCAUUUGAUGGCUUAUCACAUAUUUGUCUUCUAUAACUAUUAUACUUUGCACAGUCAAACUCAGUUGCCAAAUGGUGAUCUGUAUGUGGAGACAUUUAACACUAAACAAAAUGGACCUUUCACCACGCAAGCACUCUGAAGUCACAUAUUCUCUGGAAUUAUUAGGUUAGGAGAUGGCCAAAAUGCCUCGUAACAUGAAUCCUCAAUGGUCAAGGUGUCAAAUAUUGAAUAAUGUGUUUUUGUUGUAUCUUGCACUGCUGAUGAAAGUAACAAGAAAUGUGCUCAGUAUUUGCUAUUGGAGUUUGGUUACACUGUACGUAAUUGAAUAGGAUUCAGUGGUCUUGUAUUGCAAGUUAUUUGUAAAAGGGUUCUACCUUUGUCAAGGGGUUCUGAUAUUUGAUGUCCCAUUGUUCAUAGUACACAAUCUAAAAUGGAUGUUAUGUCAAAGACAUCACUGUCAAAAGCUUGUAGCUGCUUAGAGAAUUCUACAAAAUGCCACAUUGAACAAAGUCGGGUUGCUAAUGUACACCCCAACAGUAUGGAGACUUUAAGAGGCUUAAGCAUUAGGUACUCUUUAACAUGACGUACUGAACCAUGACCGUGUUCAGGCUAGUGCUGUUAGUGAAUGACAUGUUAGUCAUGAAAUACAUUUACAGUUGAAGUCGGAAGUUUACAUACAUUUAGGUUGGAAUCAUUAAAACUCAUUUUUCAACCACACCACAAAUUUCUUGUUAACAAACUAUAGUUUUGGCAAGUCAGUUAGGACAUCUACUUUAUGCAUUGCACAGGUCAUUUUUCCAACAAUUGUUUACAGACACAGUGAAUUACAAGUGAAAUAAUCUAUCACAAAUCCAGUGGGUCAGAAGUCUACAUACACUAAGUUGACUGUGCCUUUGAACAGCUUGGAAAAUUCCAGAAAAUGAUGUCAUGGCUUUAGAAGCUUCUGAUAGGGUAAUUGACAUCAUUUGAGUCAAUUGGAGGUGUACCUGUGGGUGUAUUUCAAGGUAUCUUCAAACUCAGUGCCUCUUUGCUUGACAGCAUGGGGAAAUCAAAACAAUUCAACCAAGACCUCAGAAAAAAAAUUGGUAGAUCUCAACAAGUCUGCUUCAUCCUUGGGAGCAAUUUCCAAAUCCCUGAAGGUACCACAUUCUAUGUACAAACAAUAGUACACAAGUACAGUGGGGCACAAAAGUAUUUAGUCAGCCACCAAUUGUGCAAGUUCUCCCACUUAAAAUUUCAAUUUCCAAACGCCUGAAGGUACCACGUUCAUCUGCACAAACAAUAGUACACAAGUAUAAACACCAUGGGACCAUGCAGCCGUCAUACCGCUCAGGAGGGAGACGGGUUUGAUCUCCUAUAGAUGAACGUACUUUAGUGCGAAAAGUGCAAAUAAAUCCCAGAACAACAGCAAAGGACCUAGUGAAGAUGCUGGAGGAAACCAGUACAAAAGUAUCUAUAUCCACAGUAAAACGAGUCCUAUAUCGACAUAACCUGAAAGGCCGCUCAGCAAGGAAGAAGCCACUGCUCCAAAACCUCCAUAAAACAGCCAGACUACGGUUUGCAACUGCACAUGGGGACAAAGAUUGUACUUAUUGGAGAAAUGUCCUCUGGUCUGAUGAAACAAAAAUGGAACUGUUGGCCAUAAUGACCAUUGUUAUGUUUGGAAGAAAAAGGGGGAGGCUUGCAAGCCGAAGAACACCAUCCCAACCGUGAAGCACGGGGGUGGGAGCAUCAUGUUGUGUGGGUGCUUUGCUGCAAGAGGGACUGGUGCACUUCACAAAAUAGAUGGCAUCAUGAGGAAGGACAAUUAUGUGGAUUCAUUGAAGCAACAUUUUAAGACAUUAUUUAGGAAGUUAAAGCUUGGUCGUAAAUGGGUCUUCCAAAUGGACAAUGACCCCAAGCAUACUUCCAAAGUUGUGGCAAAAUGGCUUAAGGACAACAGAGUUAAGGUAUUGGAGUCGCCAUCAAAGCCAUGACCUCAAUCCUAUAGAAAAUGUGUGGGCAGAACUGAAAAAGCGUGUGUGAGCAAGGAGGCCUACAAACCUGACUCAGUUACACCAGCUCUGUCAGGAGGAAUGGGCCAAAAUUCACCUAACUUAUUGUGGGAAGCUACCUGAAAUGUUUGACCCAAGUUAAACAGUUUAAAGGCAAUGCUACCAAAUACGAAUUGAGUGUUAUGUGAACUUCUGACCCACUGGGAAUGUGAUGAAAGAAAUAAAAGCUUAAAUAAAUCAUUCUCUACUAUUAUUCUGACAUUUCAAAAUCUUAAAAUAAAGUGGUGAUCCUAACUGACCUAAGACAGGGAAUUUUUACUAGGAUUAAAUGUCAGGAAUUUUGAAAAACGGAGUUUAAAUGUAUUUGGCUCAGGUGUAUAUAAACUUCCGACUUCAACUGUACGUAUGGUAUUCAUAUAUAAAUCAUUGUCUGUAUAUAAUGUUGCCUUACUAAAACAAUGUGUUUUGUGUGAAUAAAUAUGUUAAACUCG